UCAGCAUAAUGAAGUACAUCUGGUCUAAAUGGAUGUUAACAAGACCACAGAGUCCUUUUCUCUGCACAAAGCCACUUCCCCAGAAGGUGUGUUCAGGAAAUGACAGAAGGGCUAUAAAGAGACCCCAAGACGCUCAUGCUCACACUUGGAUUUGGACAUGGCCAUGCAGAGUUUCCUGCAGUAUUUGGGCUCCAGCUCACUGCUCUGUUUGGCAGCAGGGCUGUUUGCUCUCCUUUACUUUCUCACCAGCUCGAAGAAGUCGGUUUGCAGUUUGCCUCCUGGGCCACGACCUCUUCCUCUGAUCGGAAACUUGAACGUGGUGGACCUGAAAAAGCCGUUCCAGUCGCUGACAGAGCUAUCCAAGACAUAUGGCAACGUCUUCACCGUGCAUUUUGGACCCAGGAAAGCCGUGGUACUGGCUGGGUAUGAAACCAUCAAGGACGCCCUUUUGAAUCAUGCUGAAGAAUUUGGAGAGAGGGCAGAAAUACCCAUAUUUAGGAAAAUGACACAGGGAAAUGGCAUAGCAUUCAGCCACGGAGAGCUAUGGAAAACUAUGAGAAGAUUUACCUUGUCCACACUGCGGGAUUUCGGAAUGGGAAAGAGAACCCUGGAGAUCCAAAUCCUGGAGGAAGUAAAUGCCCUUAUCAAAUAUUUUGAAUCCUAUCAUGGGAAACCAUUUGAUACAAAAAUGAUACUCAACAAUGCUGUAUCCAAUGUCAUCUGCUCGAUACUGUUUGGAGAGAGGUUUGAAUAUGAUGAUCCUGCGUUUCUUACAUUGCUGGAACUGAUAAAUCAAAAUGCUAAGCUGUUGGGCUCCCCUAUGGUGCUGUUAUAUAAUUUCUACCCAUAUCUUGGAUUUCUCUCUGGAGCUUCCAAGACUGUGCUACAAAAUAUCAGUGAAUUGAACACUUUCCUCCAGAAGCUCUUCCAGCAACAUAAAGAGGAGCUUAAUGAAAAUGACUUAACAGGCUUUGUUGAUGCCUUUCUGGUAAAGCAACAAAAGGAGUCAAAGAAACCCCACACUAUGUUCGACAAUGGAAACCUGAUGUUUUCAACCUUAGACCUCUUUGCUGCUGGGACUGAAACUACAUCUACAACUGUGCGCUGGGGGCUCCUUCUGAUGAUGAAAUACCCAGAAAUUCAGAGAAAGAUUCAGGAAGAAAUGAACCGUGUCAUUGAACCAGGAGAGCUGCCUAAGUUGGAGGACCGGAAAAAAAUGCCUUAUACAGAAGCAGUGAUACAUGAAAUACAAAGGUUUGCCAAUAUUGUCCCUAUGGGUGUAUCACGAUCAACUCCCAGAGAUGUGAAUUUCCGAGGCUAUGUGAUUCCUAAGGGUACUGAGAUUAUUCCACUGCUGACCUCUGCUCUGAAUGAUGAGUUACACUGGAAAACCCCGGAGCAGUUCAAUCCUUCCCAUUUCCUGGAUGCCAAUGGGAACUUCAUUAGGAGAGAAGCAUUUAUUCCAUUCUCCAUAGGACGAAGGGCUUGCCUUGGUGAAGGACUGGCCAAAAUGGAGCUGUUCCUCUUUUUUGGGGGCUUGCUCCGCAAAUUUGUUUUUUGUCCCCCUCCAGGAGUGGAUAAAUCAGACCUGGAUCUCACCGCUGAUGUCGGCUUUACCUUGAACCCCAUGCCUCACCUGGUUUGUGCUGUGCCCUGUGAAUGAUCAAACAACAUGGCAGUAGAGUAGUGAACACUU